ACAUUUCGGUUUCUCAAAAAUAAAAUAAAAAACUGAUUAAAAUGCCUAUUUGAAAACAAAAAUUAAACUGGAGCUUUUUUCUUUUCACUUGUUUGCCUCUGGAGGUUAGAAAGACAAGGAUGUUAUCACUGAAGAUACAUAGUGAUAAAAAGCUAGAUCCCAAAAAAUGUUUUGAUGUUUUGGUUAAGGUCUGUGACAAUGAAAUGAUGUUUAGUAUGAAGUUAAAAGCAAAAGGCAAAGACUUGAUGUGUUUAGUUAGUGAUUCUCUCGGCUUGAGGGAAAUGUCCUACUUUGGCAUGCAAUUUGAGGACGUGAACAAUGAUUUUGUAUGGCUUGUGAAUAAUAAGCAGAUCUUAUCACAAAAAGUCAAAUGCAGAAUGCCAAGAGAAUUUACCUUCACGGUGAAAUACUACCCUGAGAACUUAACUGCAGAGCUGAUACAGGACCAGACAAUUGAGAUCUUCUUCUCAACAGUACUUAACAACAUCACAUGUAAGGAUUUGUUUAAAAAUUUGAGUGGUGAAGAAGUCGCCAUCAGUCUCAUGGCACUGGAGUUACAAACCAAGGUAGCUUCAUGUGCAAUAAACAUGAGAAGUGAGGUGGAUGCUUUUACUGACCAGCUGUUCAAAAAAUAUCAAAUUACCAAAAACAACCAAAAUGAAGAAUUAUUUAAUCUGCAGUGCUCAAAAGUUAAAAUGCUUUCAAAAGUGGAUGCAGAGCUUGAGUACUUGGGGUUAGCUCAGCAGUUCAAAUGCUUUGGGGUCACAUAUUUCAAUAUUAAAAGGAACAAGACAAACAAAUGUGUCCUUGGCAUAACAAACCGUGGCAUCAACGUGUACAACACAACUGAUGUCUAUCAGCCCUGCUUCAAUUACACAUGGAACCAAAUCAGUAACGUCUCUUUCAGUGACAAAAAGUUUAUGGUUCGAAUGGUGGAUCGUUCAAUGCAGGAUUUUAUUUUCUUCGUUGAUCACGUCAAGACAAACAAAACAAUAAUUCAGCUGUGUAUGGGCAAUCAUGAAUUGUUCAUGUGUCGGAGAAGGCCGGAGCCUCGCGAGAUGCAGCAGCUGAAGAUCAUCUCCGUGCAGGCCAGGAAGCAGAAAACUUUAGAAAGAGAGAUGAUGGUGAAAGAGAGAGAGGCGAAUGAGGUGAUGGAGAGAAGGAUAGAGGAGCAGCGGAGUCUUGUUGAACGACUGCAACUGGAAUGCCAGCAACUACAACAACAACUAACACUAUCCCAAGAUGCCCUGGUGCAGUCCGAACAGUCAUGUGACUUGUUGAGUGAGAGAGUGAUGUUGCUGGAGGAAGAGAUUAAAUUGUUGGAUGUCAAGGUCAAACAACAAGAGUUGGAUCUUUACAAAGCUGACAUGGCCAGCAUACAGAUGGAGCAGGAUAGGAUAAUGUAUGAGAGGAGGGCACUGGAGGCUGAGAUACUGGCAUCCCAGGUUGUCGAGGAGUGCGAUAGCAGGUCUAAGGAGGCCGACCAGCUCAGGUUGGAGAUGAUGGAGAUGAGAGAAGAGGAGUUGAAAACGAGGAAUAAGUACCGACAACUACUUCAGCUGUUCACUAAUUUGGAGAAGACGAAACAUCUGCAGCAGAAGUUGAAACAUUUGAAGUCAGAGAUUCAAGUGCUGAGAGUUGAUAAACCAUCUACAACAGCUACAACAAUUAGCAACAACCACGUUAACAACAAUAGUAGCCACACCAACAACAACAAUACAAAAAAUGACGUCAAAAACAUUGCUGAUGAUGAUAAUGAUAACAAUGCUGAUGAUGAUACGAUGAAAGAAUUCACUAUCAAUGGAGCUGACGAUAUAACUGGCCAGAUGACAUGCGAUGCCAUUUUGUCAAAUAAUUGCUCUUCAAAUACGCUCAUUGGAAAACUUUUGCAAUACGCACACUUGUAG